UAAUUCAUAAUUCAUGAAAUAAAUAUAUAUUUUAAACGUCAUAUGCUAAUCAGAGUAGAAUAGUAUGGUAAGACAUGCGAUCGGUAAACGUCACGGUGUAACGUGUGCAAGUGGAUCCAAAAGAUUUAUGAAUUAUAUUGUAAGGCAUGUAUAAUAAGAUUUUUUAUUGCAAUGCCGAAUCGUUUUAUUAAUAUUUGUGUAUCCUAACAGAAAGACAUUUUACGAAGUUUGUGUUUGUUGUGUACGUAAGAGGUUAUGUACUGUGCUUAAAUAUUGAAGAAAAACUCUUCGUAAACGUUAUCGCAUUUUUAGUUGAACUAUAACAAUGUCUUCUAAUAAAUCUGGCAAUGCAAGGAAUUUACUUCCAUCAAAUGUUCAAAUAAAAGUAGAACCUGGGACCUCCUUGCCCGUAGCUAUACAAAAUAUUAAGACAGAACCUGGUUUACCAACCACGACUAGAUUAACUUCCUUUCGUUUACCAAGAGAUUUAACGUUAGGAGGAAACAUUAAGACUGAGAAACCUAAGAAAGUGUAUAUACCAAAUUUAAAUGCUCAAAGAAUAAAGAAAAAGGAGGAUGUAACAGUAAAUCCUGUAAAGUCUGCAGAAAAGGAUCACGUACGUAGAGGACGUAAUAUUGAUAGAGGACGUGACAGAGGACGUGGAAGGGGAUCCAGCAAUUUGAUUCAAUCUAGUGGUAUCUGGUCCACUGGGAUAGUGAAUACACCAGUAAAACGCAGUAGUAGUAGUAGUUCUAGAGACAUUGAUAGGAGCCCUCAAGUAUGUUUAGAAAAACCAAAAUUAGAUCUGAAUCGUAGUGUUGAUAAAGCUGAAGAGGAAGAAAAAAUAAAAUUGUUACUAAGAGACGAUUUUAUUGAUGAUGGAGAUUCUCUAAACAUUAAAAAUGCACCAGUUCUUCUACCACUAAUCAAAGAAGCAAAGUUAUACAAAGAAAAUAAAGUACAAGUUGAAGAAGAGCAAGACGAAAUAGAAGAUAGGAAGCCAAUUAUUUUAGAAAAUGGAGAGGUAUUAUCACCAAAGAAGGAACCUAAAAUUAAGACAUCUAAAUCUGGUGAAACGAAAGAUGAAUUCCUAGAUAACAUACCUAAUAUUGUUGAAAAUAAAGCAAACUCAUAUAUAUUAAUGCAGUUUCCAGAUUGUUUACCAGGUCUAGUAAAUGGUGCAGAAAACACUAGACAUGAUCGGUCAAAUAUGUCAAAUUAUGAAAAAGAAAAUGAAAGUAAACCUCAAACGGCAUUUUGUACUUUAAACAGCUUAAAACCUGGUAUUUUAGGAAAAUUACAAAUUUUGAAAUCUGGUAAAACACGUUUGUUAUUAGGAGAAAAUAAUUUAGUUGUUGAUGUUGGAUCACAUCUUACAUUUCGGCAGGAUCUUAUUGCCGCAAAAUUGGAUACUGAAAAUUUAGUCGGUGACUUAAUUAACCUAGGUCCAGUUAGCAAUAUGCUUUUAUGUACACCUGACUGGGAGUCAAUGUUGGCUAAAUUGUAAAUCAAUUUUUAAUAUGAAUAGAUUUUUGUUAUAUAUUUUUUAUUAUGAAGAAUAUAUAAAGCGUUUACAGGAAAAAGGGAGAAGUUUUAACUUUUUUUAGAAAAUUUUUUCAAAAUAAUUCAACAUUAUAACUUUAUAUUUUUAAAAUAAAUAUAAUUUAGAAAAUUUUAUUCUUAUAUUCUUCUCAUAUUCUCAAUGCGAUAUAGCCAAUGAUAAAAAGCACACAUCGGAGAAUAUUAAAAUUGAUAUGCUCUCUUUUCCCCGUAAAUCUUUUAUACGUGAAUGUAAUAAAUUAUAUUUGUAUUUAAUAUACAAAAUCAAAUUUUUUUGAAAAUCAUGUAUUUUCGUUAAUACAGUAUAUACGUGAAAAUCAUGUCACGUACAAAUCCAGUAGUAAUUCAUAAAUCUAAAUAAAUUUACAAUAGUUGUAGAAUAAAGUUUAUUAUAUAAUUUAUGUGAAUGAAUAUCUUAACAAGAGAUUGUGAUUUCUUGUGAAGUACGCAUUUUUCUCCAAGAUGUAAUUUAUACUUUCUUAAUUUAAUAUAAACAAAAAUUAUUUUUACACAAAUUAGAUUUACAAAUUAAAUUCAUCACGCUGUGCAAAAUGAACAUUAAUUCGUAAACUUAUAAACUACAAAAAAAUAUCAUGUUUUUGCUUAAUUGUAUUAACUUUGAAAAAUGUAACAAUCAUACACAGAAGUGGCACAAAAAAUUACUGUUCCAUGGUAGUAACACAAAAGUAUACUAC